UAGGUAGUUAUUAUUUUGACUACAUUUAUUUUUAAAGACAGUCCACUGUCAUGUUUUGUUUCUAUGGAGCAGGGUUCUUGGACUUUCUUGGUUCAGGAUAUUUUAGAUGUGAAAUGUGUCUCUCUCUCAUGAGUGUGAACAGGGAAUCAAAUCUGCUGUUUAUAAUACAAUUGUUUUCUGAUACAUGGAGUCAAUAUUUCAGUAUGCAGCAACCUCACAGUUUUGUUUUUAAGUACUUGCGUCACUUUCUCAUCUCAGCUGCAUUAUGGGUAACUCCUAUUGUCAUUUUUGAUUUUUAAGAGCUGACUGUUAUUGCAGAAGCUGCUGAAAAAAAGUUGCAUACAGUUUUAACUUGUGUGAGCCUGGGUUUGAUCCAGCCUGCAGUGCUCUUUAGACCUCUCCAGGGCAGCAGUGCAUCCUUUCUUUGGCUGGUGGGGGAACGCCAUCUCACACAGGUUUUCCCCAGACACAAAGGUCUUUCUAAGUGCCUGGUUAGAUUUUAUUUCGGCUGGAUUUGCACUGAAAAAGAGGUGCAAAGCAAUUGGUCCCAGAACCAAAAGGAAAGGGAGAGAGAAGUUUGGAGAAAAGGAAGGAACAUGGGCAGCCAACUUCAAACCUAGAGCUAAUUUUGUUCUCUUAACCUAGUGUGAGUCCAGGUACAUUAAAACUCCCAAUUAUCCCCUCUGCAGUUUCUGAUGUCUGAGAACAUCUUGUGUAUCCCUGCAAACACUUGACCUUUCCUCUCUCGUUGCCUGACUUGCUUCUGCUCUGGACUUAUAGAACAUCAAUUUAAGGUAUUUGUGCAAUAAAGGUUGAUUCUGUCUCCAUACACUCUGGUCUAAGUGAAGGUACUUGGAAGAAAAAUACACUUACAUCGUGUUAAAAUCAAAUGAGGAGAAAAUUUGGACAUUGCCGUUUACACGUAGUAGGAGUAUAAGUACAUGCUGCAACACAUUGCAGACCACGCGUCUUUGUAAUUUGAGUGCAUACUUCUGGCUGUGGUAUUAGCAGAUCAGAGAAUGUGAUACAAGGCAUUUGGUAGUGAUGGAAGAGCUUAAGCAUCUAAAAUAAUGUUCUGCAGUGUCUUCUGCCUUUGCUUUCAGGUGAAACAUGCCACCAUUCAACCUUACCAGCAUGACGCCAGCAACAUUCAUCCUGGCUGGCAUCCCAGGCAUGGAGAAGUUGCACAUCUGGAUCUCGAUCCCGUUCUGCUCCAUGUAUCUGGCGGUCCUGCUAGGAAAUGGUGUCAUGUUGUUUGUCAUAAGGACAGAACGUAGCCUCCACCAGCCCAUGUACCUCUUCCUGUCCAUGCUGGCCAUCGUUGACCUGAUGCUGUCAACCACGACUGUGCCCAAGAUGCUGGCUCUGUUCUGGUUCAGUGCCGGCGAGAUUUCCUUUGGCGCCUGCCUGACCCAGAUGUUCUUCCUGCAUUUCAGCUUCUCGGCAGAGUCGGUGAUCCUGCUGGCCAUGGCAUUUGAUCGGUUUGUUGCCAUCUGUUACCCGCGGGCACAACAUCAUCCCGCACACCUACUGCGAGCACAUGGGCGUCGCCCGGCUGGCCUGUGCCGACAUCUCCAUCAAUAUUUUGUACGGCCUUGCAGUGCCUUUUGCAGCAGUAGUGGUAGAUGUUGUACUCAUUGCUGUCUCCUACAUCUUAAUUCUUCUGGCAUUAUUCAGACUCCCUUCCAGGACUGCCCGUCACAAGGCUUUCAACACCUGUGGCUCUCAUGUCUGUGUUAUAUUACUUUUCUAUAUUCCUGCUUUCUUCACUGUUUUAACACACCGCUUUGGUCAGGAAAUCCCACACCAUGUCCACAUUAUACUGGCCAACCUGUAUGUGCUCUUCCCCCCGCUGCUGAACCCUGUGGUGUAUGGUGUGCGGACACAACAGAUAAAAAAGAAGGUUGUGAAAGUGUUCAUCUGCCCCAAGAGUCAUUUGCUGCAAGGAUAAGAGUGAGAUCUCGCUAUCAGAAAGUGAUGAACACCUUAGUGGGACUCCAACCUCCCCCCCCCCCAAAUACUCUCUUUGUACUGUUUCAUGCAGCAUGCCUAAGUCUUCUGCUAUCACAGUCAAAUACAGAACACCCAACAUGCCCGCAUCACUUUCCCCAACAGUUUGUAGAAAAUGUAAGACAAAGACGAAAGUCAGGAUCUCUAAUUGGCGGUGGAAGGAGAGUGAUCAAAGAAAGGAGAACCUACCCCAGAUAGGUCACUUGUGGGAAAUCCCCUACAAGGUGGAGGCAGGCAGCUUUCACUGUAGUGUGACAAUAAAUCUACAUCUCAGCAGUUUUCUCUGGAGUCAGGUGAAAAGACAUGUAAUCAACUGGUUCUUCUGAAUCACAGGUGUGUAAUGGAGUUCAUUUUAGGAAUUGUUUCUUUAUUAAAAUUCAUAGUAUUGAAAAAGUCUCCAAAAGGAAUAACACAGAAAUAAAAGCAACUGUUGCAUGUUAGCAUGCAUGGGGUCUCUUUAUUCCUUAACUAUAUUAUUUGACCAUACUUUGAGUAAACGUGUAGGUGAAAAACUAUUCCCGAAAGUACACCUGAAACCAUUUAUUUUUUAAUAAGAUGAUAGGUUAUAAUAGAGGAGAGGGGAUUCUUCAGAGGCAUCAGAUCAGGCAUUCCAGCUGUACGUUUGGCUGUAGAAGUGUCAGUCUCUGCUUGGGCAAACUCCCAGUGCUCUGAGUGUCCUGUUCUCAUGGACCCCAAAAAGCUGCCCCUGUGAGAAAGCCACUGCCUCUGCCAUUUUUAAAGAGGAGCUGAGAGCUCAGUGACAGGUCAGAGGAAGACAAAGAGAGGAUGAGGCGGGCUCACAGCUGCAGAGAAAGAUAAGCUGUUUUCUUGCGCUGGAAAAGUGCAGGAGGGUGAUUUUCCUCAGCCCUGGGGCUGAACCUGUCGGAUGGUAGCUGCGCCUCCGGUGGGGUUGGAAGAGGGAGAUGCAGCCAGGCCAGA